UUGAUGCUCAACUUAUUUACGAUUGGUAGUAACAAGUAAUAAGGGACAGGGGUUAUUCAUUUUGAAUGUCGUGUAAUGUAUUAUAACGAAAUCUUCUAAGGUCACUUAUUUUCUUAUAUUUUUCAAUUUGUAUUCUUAAUGUUUAAAAAAUGGUGAGAACAAAGGCGGAUCGCGUCCCUACAAGAGCUGUUGGUAGCAAAGCACCACAUAAAACUACGAAAAGUACACCAGUUAAGAAAUCAAGUAGCAGUAGCAAAGGAAAGAGUUAUUCAGGUGGUAAUCCGUAUCAUCCAAGGGAAACUCCAGAAUGGCAGAAGCCUAUUACAUGUUUUCUCAACCAAGGUUCUGUGAAUCAAUCUAAAGAUUUGUCAAAAGCUCAGGAAGCUGCUGGUGAAGGUCCUAGCCAAGUAGUAGAAAAUGAGUCGGACUAAAGAUGUGCAACAUUGUUGUUAAAUUGUUAUGGUAUUAUCAUAGUGUUAUUUGUCAGUACAAAAGCUUAUUUAUUUCUUUAAACCAGUGUAGGCAUAAGUAUUUUAUAUUUUAUUACAAUGAACAACAAAGAAUUUUUAAUUUUAACUAACAUGAGACAAGUAAAAAGAUAAGAAUGAACAACACAAGCAUCUAAAUGGUUAAAAUAGAAUUAAAUUAGGUAAAUUAAAUACAAAGCAGACUAAAUAUAUCUUUUUACUCAACAUUUGAAAUGUGAUCAAUAUCAUAAGUAUAGUAUUUAUAAUUUAAAGGACAAUAUUGUAAUAUGUCUAAAUAAAAUUGUCAUAAAUGAAGGAAA